CCGCCGCCUCUUGUGUGCGGGCUCCUCCUGCUCCGUUUCCUUUGCUCUGAGCUGCGGAACGGGGGAACCGCCGCCGGUUUCCUGCCCGAGAACAAUGGCUGCUCCGUCACAUCCGGGGCGUGGCCGGCAUUGCCGUGCAGCACGGGCUCGUUGUUUGGCCGCUGGGAAUGAAGGCAGCCGGCUCAAACAGCCUGCAAACGUGUUGUUGUUGCUGGCCGUUAACGUCGGAUGGCGCCUGCUGUAACUGGACGCCGUGCUCUGCGCCUUCGGAGCUCUGCACCAGCUGUCAAAAAUUCUGAAGGACCUGGAUGACUACUAUGAGAAGUUUAAACGGGAGAGCGAUGCCGUGCAGAAGAGAAGGAUGCUGCACUGCAUUCAGAGGGCACUGAUUCGGAGUCAGGAGCUGGGAGAUGAGAAGAUCCAAAUCGUCAGUCAGAUGGUGGAGCUGGUGGAGAACAGAUCCAGGCAAGUGGACAGCCACGUGGAGUUGUUUGAGACCUGCCAAGAGACUAACGACACCACUGGGAACAGUGGGAAAGCCAGCCAGGAUAAGUCAAAGAACGAGACAAUCGCUCAGUCUGAGAAGCCCAACAAUAAGAGGUCGAGGAGGCAAAGAAAUAAUGAGAAUCGAGAGAACGCUUCAAAUAACCAUGACCACGAUGACAUCACUUCAGGAACGCCAAAGGAGAAGAAGGCAAAAACGUCCAAGAAGAAGAAACGAUCCAAGGCUAAAGCGGAGCGGGAAGCUUCUCCCCCAGACCUUCCCAUUGAUCCUAACGAGCCGACAUACUGCUUAUGCAACCAAGUCUCCUAUGGGGAAAUGAUAGGAUGCGAUAAUGAUGAGUGCCCCAUUGAGUGGUUUCACUUUUCGUGCGUGGGACUCAAUCACAAACCGAAGGGCAAAUGGUACUGCCCCAAAUGUAGAGGAGAAAAUGAGAAGACUAUGGACAAGGCGUUGGAGAAGUCUAAAAAAGAAAGGGCCUACAACAGGUAGUUUCUAGACUGUUUGUGGGAAAGGAAAAGAAGACCACCAAACCAGUGUAUUUAUUGUCAGUGUCACCUUUGUUGAGGUGAAAGGAUUGUAAAAUGUAUAUUUUUAAAGGAGGUUUAAAACUGAACCAUUCCUGUUACAGGGACGGCAAUAAGAGCAGUUUUCUUUUUCAUUUGGUGAGCUGUAACAAGAAUAUGGUCUGUGGACCAAUGUAUUCUGAAAGUCAAGCUAUAAGAGUUCCAACUCAAUAUCCAGCUGGGUCUUAAAAGAUACAUUAAUAACAACCAUUAAAGCGUUGACGGCGAGUAUUUCUGAGAUGUCGUUUCUUUUUCCUCCUGGAAGAAUGUUACUUAACGUUAGAGCAGAGUUGUUCAGAUAGCUCAGCCCUCUGGUUGUGCAUCCGAAUAGAGCUGCAGUAUGUGACACACGUCGCUUCUUGCGGUGAUGAGAGGUGCAAGGUCAAACUUGAAGGAGGGUACAAUUUGGUUCCUGCUACGGAGUGCCGGUAUGACAGUUCAACAGCAAACCUUGUAAUAGGCUGAGGGGAUUAUUUAAAAGAAAAGCCAAUGGUUAAAAUUUGACACAGCAAAUAUUUUCUAUUCUGGCCGAGUACCAUGAGAACAGUUUUAAAGCAAUGGGAUACGUUUUAUAUUUAACCAGGAAGCGGUUUAGUAAUGACUUAACAUAAAGGAAGCUUUAUACUGUCACCGAGAGUAGCGUAGCAAUCCUUAACUUGUUCAAGUUGUAUAAAUGUACAUUUUUUUAAGUGGAAUUGCACUUAAUGUAUUAUACUUGGAAAUGCAGCCAAAUGCCAUUGUGUAACCAAUGUGCAUUUCCUGCUGUAUGUAUGAAAACUGUACAGCUGUGAUAUUAAGAAAUAAAUGAAACAACUUUUGACAGUUUGCUUCUUAGCAA